CUUCAUGUGUGUGUAUUGUUGUGUUGAAGCGAAAAGCGGACGUUUUAUUUUUUAAGUGCUUGUUUUUGUGCAGCACGACACUUACUGCGCUAAAUCUGUUAAUUUGAAAAAACAUAUUAAAAUCAUUUGAAGAAUUUAUUCAAAACUCACACAAUACAAACAUGGCAGAGGUGCGACGUAGGAAGACGGACAACGAGGCUGACGAUGCUGCUGCUGCUGUUGCCGCGAGUAGUGCAGCUGAUUCUUCGGAUCAUGUUGAUUCGGAGGAGGAGAAAAUACCUGAGGAGAAAUUCGUUGAGGAGUUGGCUAAGAAUUUGCCCCAAGGUACAGAUAAAACACCAGAACUUUUGGAUUCUGCUCUGAAGGAUUUGCCCGAUCGAUGGAAAAAUUGGGUCAUACGCGGUAUAUUCACAUGGAUUAUGAUCUGUGGAUUCGCAUUAAUCAUCUAUGGUGGACCAUUGGCCUUGAUGAUUACGACGCUGUUGGUGCAAGUGAAGUGCUUUCAGGAAAUUAUCUCAAUUGGUUAUCAAGUGUAUCGUAUACACGGUUUGCCCUGGUUUCGUAGUCUCUCCUGGUAUUUCUUGCUCACUUCCAACUAUUUCUUCUAUGGCGAGAAUCUAGUCGAUUACUUUGGGGUCGUAAUCAAUCGUGUGGAAUAUCUUAAGUUCUUGGUGACCUAUCACCGCUUCCUCUCAUUUGCCCUGUAUAUCGUUGGCUUCGUUUGGUUCGUGCUCUCGCUGGUCAAGAAAUACUAUAUCAAACAGUUCAGCCUAUUCGCCUGGACGCACGUCUCGCUGCUGAUUGUCGUCACACAGAGCUAUCUAAUUAUACAGAACAUAUUCGAGGGACUUAUUUGGUUUAUAGUGCCCGUAUCGAUGAUUGUUUGCAAUGAUGUCAUGGCGUAUGUGUUUGGUUUCUUCUUUGGACGCACACCCCUCAUAAAGCUCAGCCCGAAGAAGACGUGGGAGGGCUUUAUUGGUGGUGGUUUUGCCACCGUACUAUUUGGCAUAUUGUUCUCAUACGUCUUGUGCAAUUACCAAUAUUUCAUCUGUCCCAUACAAUAUUCGGAGGAACUGGGUCGCAUGACCAUGUCCUGUGUUCCCAGCUAUCUGUUUACGCCACAGGAAUACAGUCUUAAAUUGUUUGGCAUUGGAAAAACCUUGAACAUUUAUCCAUUCAUUUGGCACUCGAUUUCGUUGAGUUUGUUCAGUUCAAUAAUUGGACCUUUCGGCGGCUUCUUUGCGUCCGGAUUUAAGCGUGCUUUCAAGAUAAAGGAUUUUGGCGAUAUGAUUCCUGGACAUGGCGGUAUCAUGGAUCGCUUCGACUGUCAGUUCCUCAUGGCCACGUUCGUAAAUGUUUACAUUUCGAGCUUUAUUAGAACUCCUUCACCAGCUAAACUCUUGACACAGAUUUAUAAUCUUAAACCGGAUCAACAAUACCAAAUCUAUCAGUCCUUGAAGGAUUCUCUGGGCGAUAUGCUAAACUAAAUAUUUCGACAACAACAAUUGUUUGCUUUAGUCGUACGUCUAUAUAAAUAUUCAUUAUAAAAAUGGAAGAUUCUAUAUAUACAUAUAUAUAUGAUGAUCGGUAUAAGAAAAUGCAGCAAAAACCUCUCGAAUGCUGUUAGUCUCCUUUAAAACAAAA